CAAACUUAACAAACUUUCAAUCAAAUCAUGCAUCAAAGCUAAGUGCGCUAAGGAUUAUUAAAAGUUUUAUUGUUUUCGACUUAUAUGGGACAAUGAUUAUUGCUAUUAAUUAAACUUUUUCUAUAUUUGGAAUGAAACUUAUUAAUAAGAAGAAUACAACUUAAAAUGAGUUACCUGGCUUCUUUAUAAAAUACAAAUAAUCUAGAAUGGCAGAGGUUUGCAAAACUAGUAGUGGUACUACUGAAAAUAAAUUGAGUAAUACUGAUGUAUACCAAGAUGAAAACUUUUGUUUAUUUAAUGUAUUAUGCGUUUUCAUAUCGUUGGUUUCUAUAUUAGCUGAUGUAACCACAGAUAUAAUUGUAUUUGCGGAAUAUUUUAAAAACGAUCGUUUAGAAUGGGCAGCAGGCACAAUCAUUUUAAUAAUAAUUCCAAACAUUAUAAUCAAUGUGUUUUCUUUGAGAUGGCUUAUUACUGAUAAUAAAUCCAAUGUAACUCAUUGGAUUAGCCACAUUUUCCUGGUUGGAUUGUUAGAAAGAUAUUUCAUAUUCAUACGCAAAGUGUUUGGAUGUAAAAAUUUAGAAGCUAUGAAAACAAACAAACUGAUAUCCCAAAGGAAUGAUCUAAGUUUGUUGCAUUUUAUAUACAUAUUUACUGGAACGGCCCCACAAAUUAUACUACAGCUUUAUGCCAUUGUUGUUCUGGAUGAAAACUACUAUACUAAAGUAUUUUCAUUGAGUGCCUCCAUGUCUUCAGUUGUAUGGGGGUGCUCUACAUACAUAUAUAAUGAGGCAGCUUUCCUGAAGUUACAGUUUGAAUGGAAAUCAUUAGGAUUGAGGCUUACAUGGUUCUUCGGAAUGUUAAUAAGCAGAAUUUCGGGAAUUUUGCUAUUUACUAUAGUAUUUGGAGUUUGGACAUUGUUACCACUAAGUUUACACUGGACAGCUAUGAUAUUCUGGAUUAUUAUUCAAAAAACCAGCUUUUGUUCUAAUAAAUUAGAGGAAACAUUUUAUAAUGUAGUAAUGGGAUUUGUUUAUUGUUUUUGCUACGUUAAUUUACACGAGGGCCAAACUAAAUAUAGACUAUUGACGUUUUACACAUUAAUGAUAACUCAAAAUUUCGGUAGUCUCCUAUUGUACUUGCUAAUUUCGCCGCACGACAAGCAAAGGAAGUUAUGGUCUGUGAUAGGAAUCGUUUGCAUUAUUUUUGGUGUAUUUAUAGGUAUUUGUGCUAUGAUAUUUUACUAUAGAUUUUAUCAUCCGAAAGGACCACUAUUGUGGAAAAGAAAACAAAGUGAUAUAGAAUUAAAUAAUAAGGCUGUGAUACAAAACCCCGGAACCGAAGAAAAUAAGACGGUUGUCAAUUUAAAUCCCAUUAGGUCAUUUAAACAUUCUCUGCAUCGUAAUCAAAAUGGAGCCCCUUACAGCAUUGAAUCAACUUUAGAACAACAUCCCAAAAAAGAAAUCGAAAACGCUGAUAAGAAUUUUUUGCUUGAUCAAUGGAUUGCUAAAAUUGGCGUACCGACGUUAUCGUCCGGCUCGUUUGGAAACAAUGGAUGCGAUGCUUCAGGAAUCGAAAUUUAUAGUGUUGAAAAUACACCACAAACUCUCAAACAGGAUAAUCAAGGGCAAAAUAUUUCAAAUAAAAUUAACUGUAAACACAAAAAAAUUCUAAUAUGUUCACCAACGGAACUGACGCUUAAACUAUCGGCUGGAGAAAAUAUUGAGAGUAAUAUAGAUGAAAUAACAUCGAGCAAUCUGAAUUCAAAUAAAAGACGCGCCAUUUGUUCCUCUGAUGAUCUUAGCGAUGAUUUAACCAAUAUGAAUUUCGACGUUUGUGCCAUAGUCAAUGAAGAUAUUAUGAAGAUACUAAAAAACGACCAAUGCUCAGAAAUAAGUCACGAUACCGAUAGCUCGAAUAAGAAAACUUCAUCAGAUUCCAUUGAUAUGGAUUUAGAUUUGAGUUUCAGCGACAUCAAUAGUUCCGAUAUCAACACGUUUAACGAAAACAUAGUCCAGAAAUUGUGUUUAAGUGCACUUAAGAAUAUAAAAGUAGGGAAUCAGGAUGCAGAUAUUGAAAACAUACAAAGGAUCGCAUUGGACAUUCUAAAAGAAAUGUACGCUAAAAAGGGUAAGAAGAGCAAUGCGAAUCCAGAUUUCUUUACAAAAUCAAGAGAGUUAGAUACACCAACGGAAAUAUUGUCCGUACACGAUUAUGAGAAUAUAUGUGCGGUAAAUAUUGCUCGUGAAGCGUGGGGGCUGCGAUCUUGGAAGGGGUACUGCGAUAUCGAAAACUGGCGUCACGACGGAAGCGUCGUCAGAGAUAGAAGACGCGACACAUUAACUUCAGCCAGUUCAGAAAUUAGUAGUUGCAUCUCUCAGGAAUUGAAAAAUGCGAUUUUAGCGGCACCACCUUUCCCGAAGAAAACACAUACAUACUCAAAUGUAUUCGUUAAGUUUGACAAAGGCAGUCAAGAUGACUACGCAAACUCUACAAUAUGUACCGAUGACUCAUUUAGCGUAGUUGAUGCUAAUAAAGAUGCAAUUCAUUUAGAACCAAUUAUGGAGGAAUUGGAUGACCUGACAGACAUGGAUAUUACGAACAAGAAACGAUUAAAUUCAGAGAGCUCUUUAGUUGCAACUAUCGAUGAGAUUAGGAAAUCUACUGUUACAAAUUCUCCAAGAAAUCUAUAUCAUAGAGGGGACCAUUUAGGAGACCAUUUGUGGGAUUCACCUCAACCGACUGCUUCAAACUUAGACCCGAUUUUAUCCGAAGCAUUAUGGAAAGAACCUUCGAAAUUCCAUCCCAGUAAUAUUAUGGAAGCAUUGGCUGAAAAGGAAAACGAUAAAAAUAUAUCACAAAAUCCUAGUUAUGACACAAAUAGAAAAACUUUAAACGUGACAGAUACAAACAAUUCAAAACACGAUACAUUAAGAAUGAAAAUAGAAAAUAAUUUCAAUAAUCACUCAACAAACUACACUCGUAGUAAAAUGAAAAACUUGAAGGCGCCACCUGAUCCUGAUGUAUCUAACAAGAAUAUAGACUUGCUGUGGCAGUUGGUUUCGGGAAAUGCCACAACAGCGAAUGGUUCUAACGAUUAUGUAUCAAUGAAUCGUAUGUCAACAUCUCUGCAAUCUUUAAUACAAAAAGACGUUUCGGCAUCAGAAUCAAAUAAAAGCUCUUCGCCAAAACUUUCAAAUGUAAAAAAACAAACAAAAACCAAACCUCGUCGUAAGUUCUCUAUACUAAGAGAAAAAUUUGAAAUGAAAACACAUUUAAACUCUGAUGAGGAAAAUUUGUGUAAUACUUCUGAAAGUACAUCAAAAACACUUGAUGUCAUGUCAAGCAAAAAUAAUUAUAGAUCGAGUGAUAAGGUCACAACCAUAGAGAAAGAACCAAGUACUUAUUGGCCAGGUACCUCUCCUACAGGUAGUACAAGCUCAAAUAAUUCCAAUUGUGCAAAGGAGAAAAGAUCACUAUUUAUGAAACAGGUAUUAAGUCCAUCUAAAUCUAAUACAAAGAUGAAACACAAGGGCUGAAAUCUAAAUUUUGUUCCUGAAAGUAUUGUAGGUUAAAUUAACCAUUUCAUAAAGCAGAUCUCAGUAUGCGAGUCACUAACAAUUAAAUUAUUUCAUCAUUUCAAAAUUAUUCUUACAGUAUGGUAAGUUAGUACUGUAAAACUUUUGUAUUGAUGUGUUGUGGUGUCGUAAUAUUCCACGUGGCGUGUAUCGUGGUGUGUUUACUUAUGCAUGUGGCUAUCUAUUAAGUAACAAUUAAAUAGAAAAUAUGUUUAGGUAAGAAACAUUCCUAUAAUGGUGACUGUGAUGUUUGUGCCUUAUAUUAUCAGCCAGUAUUUGUAA